AUGGCGACCUGGUCGUCUAUAGUCUACGGCGUACGAGUACCUAAAAAAAAACCAGCAACAUGCAAUAUCCGUUGGUGUCGCAACGCCGAAGAAGGAUGGCUACUGGCACUUCAGAAAAUUACUGAAAAACGAGCGCUAAGAGUCGUCCUGCAAAAAAACUCGCAAGUACCUUUGAUAUGUAAAAGUGAAGAGCCUGUUCACAGCGAUGAAUGGGAUGAAAUGAUCCAGGAUUUUCGGCGGAAUGUUCAAUUAAUUGAUUUGAAAGAAGAGCAUGAGCGGCCUCUAUACGAGUUUAUGGAUAGAAUUGCUGAGAUGCUGAAUAAAAACCCUCCUGAUUUGAUUACCACUAUUGAAGGCUGCGCUGUUGAAAAUAAUAAAAAAAUUAAUGCGAUCCGACGACUUGUUCAAGCAUACAAAGAUCGCUUUGAAGGGCUUAUUGGAUUGAGGUCAGGUGGUCUUCCUCCGUCACCAAAAAGUAAGAAAUGGUCAGAUAAAUUUGAUCUCUCAGUCACAUUACGAGAUGCCUUGUUAACUGAGGGAAUAGAGAACAAUGGCAUAGCUCUUGACCUGUUUCGUAAACUUUACGUUCUUGGGGCUCACACAUAUGAUUACAAUUAUAAUGUCUACGCAUUGGAUUGGAAAGUGAGAGACGUUUGGUGGUUAGGUCUGUUGAAGAAGGUUAAGUUACCUUCAUCGAUCGACGAGUUACCAGUUAUUGAAAAAUUCAUUACAACCUUACUGCGUGUCGAGAAUACUUUAGAUAAUAUACAAUCAAUUCGCAAGCAAUAUUGA